AUUUGUGGCUGGAGCUGAAUAGUCACUUUGAGCCAUCAGAAACCAGAGAUACGGCAGGAAAAGUCCCUGCUGCCCUGUUGGGAUGUUCAUUCUGGCUCAGCACUGCCUGGGUCAUCGGUGAACCGAUCCUCCUAAAAAUUAGCCAAAUGCUGCAAGAGGUGGUUAGUUGUAAGCUCAUUCAGUUCCUUGAUCUUGUGUAUAGAAAGGCCAUACAAGGCAAGGAGGGGAGGAAAUGGGUUGGCAGAUGAGAGCAGGAUUUUGGUGAUAAUACUGAAAUUCCAGCUGGAAAUGGUGAUGAACAUACACCAUCUGUUAGAAGAGAAGAAGGUGGCAGGAGUUAACGUGGUGGGUGUGAAUGUGGUGGAUGGAUAGGAGGUCUCAUGCCAAGGGUCAACAUUACUCUCUAGAAUUAUGCCAAAUACAGGGAGAGCUGGUAAUAGUUAUUUGCCCUGUCCUCCAGGCCAAAGAUAAGAUUAAUUUGCAGAAAAUACAACUGUGGAAAUGACCUUGGAUUUUGAGUUUAGUGAAGCAAUGAAGGAAGGAGGUGGCAUCUCCUCUGCUGGUGGUUGUUGGCGAACACCAGCUGACAGGGCACAAAGUAGCAGUAAAAAUACUCAACAGACAGAAAAUACGCAGCCUGGAUGUGGUUGGGAAGAUCAAACGAGAAAUUCAAAACCUUAAACUCUUCCGGCACCCUCAUAUUAUCAAACUGUACCAGGUCAUCAGCACGCCAACAGACUUCUUCAUGGUCAUGGAAUAUGUAUCUGGCGGUGAAUUAUUUGAUUACAUCUGUAAGCACGGACGUGUUGAAGAGGCAGAAGCUCGACGCCUUUUCCAGCAGAUUCUCUCCGCGGUGGAUUACUGCCACAGACACAUGGUUGUCCACCGAGACCUGAAACCAGAGAACGUGCUGCUGGACGCACACAUGAAUGCAAAGAUAGCCGAUUUUGGAUUGUCCAACAUGAUGUCAGAUGGCGAAUUUCUACGCACCAGCUGUGGUUCCCCAAAUUAUGCAGCCCCUGAAGUCAUCUCAGGAAGGCUGUACGCUGGCCCGGAGGUGGACAUCUGGAGCUGCGGCGUUAUCCUCUACGCCCUUCUCUGCGGCACUCUGCCUUUCGACGACGAGCACGUCCCCACCCUCUUCAAGAAGAUCCGCGGAGGUGUGUUUUACAUCCCCGAAUACCUCAACCGCUCCGUUGCCACUCUCCUUAUGCACAUGCUGCAGGUUGACCCCCUCAAGCGAGCAACCAUCAAGGACAUCAGGGAACACGAGUGGUUUAAGGAGGAGCUGCCCAGUUACCUGUUCCCAGAGGACCCUUCGUAUGAUGCCACCGUCAUUGACGACGACGCGGUUCGGGAAGUUUGUGAAAAGUUUGAAUGCACGGAGUCGGAGGUGAUGAACAGCCUGUACAGCGGUGACCCUCAGGACCAGCUGGCGGUGGCUUACCACCUCGUCAUCGACAACCGGAGGAUCAUGAACCAAGCCAGCGAGUUCUACCUCGCCUCCAGCCCCCCCACCGGAUCCUUCAUGGACGACAGCGCCAUGCACAUCCCUCCCGGGGUGAAGCCGCACCCCGAGCGGAUGCCGCCGCUGAUAGCGGACAGUCCCAAAGCGCGAUGUCCUUUGGAUGCCCUCAACACCACGAAGCCAAAACCCCUGACUGUCAAAAAGGCCAAGUGGCACCUGGGAAUCCGCAGCCAGAGCAAACCCUAUGACAUUAUGGCCGAGGUGUACCGUGCUAUGAAGCAGCUGGACUUCGAGUGGAAGGUGGUGAACUCCUACCAUCUCAGAGUGCGCCGUAAGAACCCAGUGACGGGCAAUUACGUGAAGAUGAGCCUGCAGCUCUACCAGGUUGACAACCGCAGCUAUCUCUUGGACUUCAAAAGCAUCGAUGACGACGUGAUGGAGCAGAGGUCCGGCUCGUCCACGCCGCAGCGCUCCUGCUCUGCUGCCGGCUUGCACCGGCCGAGGCUGAGCAUCGAUGCCGCCGCGGCCACCGAGUGCCAGUCGCUGAUGGGCUCUCUCAGCGGCUCCUUCGUCGGCAGCAUCCCCUCGGUGGCACCGCGCCUGGGGAGCCACACCAUGGACUUCUUCGAGAUGUGUGCCAGCCUGAUCAUGGCCCUGGCUCGCUGACGGGCUUCACCAAGGCACCAGUCCCUCCGCACACGGCAUUGCACUGUGAGGAUCUGGUCUGACUUGUGCGUUCCUUGUUUCUGCUCCUUUGUUCCUCCUCCUCCGCCCCUCACCGCUCCAUAGCCUGAGACACAGAGCCAAUUCCAGACCCAAAACAUACUCCCCUCUAACAAGGCACUAAGGAAAUUAAGAAUAACUUCAUUUCACUCAUUAUACCAUGGUGAAAUGUAUCCAAUACCCCUUUUUCCCUAGUGAACUGAAUGGGAAAUGUUGGCAUGGCUGUAAAGUAGCAAAUGUAUCGUUGAGUUUUUGGAAAAUGCCUUCCCCCUGGUUCAUCCCGAGUUAAUGGAGCCACGGCCAAGCUUUCUGCGAUGUAGGUAGCAUGCAGUGAGGUUGAUGUUGUAUCCCCUUUGCUGUGCAGAGCAGGGGUGGGAUGGGCUGAGCCAGGUCAGAGGGGUUGACCAGGAGCCACGCGAAACAGAGCGGAGGGGUAAUGAAGUAGCUCUGCAGCAUCUGCACCUGGGUGCCGGCAGGGCUGCCGGCCUCUCGGAACACUUACCUCCUAAAACUAGCAGCUGCUUAGACGCUUCUGCACUAGUGCAAUACGCUAUCCCUCCCCUCUGUUUUUUUUCCCUUGCUAAAGAUGGGGAGGGAAGGUGGGAUGUGCAAAGGUCCUGUUGCAAACGUGCUGUGGGAAAGCCUCCACGUGUCAAGUCUUCGCAGAGGAGCGUCCCAUAAGGUGCUUUAUUUCCUCCUCCUGAGAGCCCUGGACGGCACUGACCUGCUCACCACAUUCAAAGGUGAAGGCUGCUUGCCUUUUUUCCAGCCCUUAACCGUCGCCCCCUCCUCCAACCUGCUCACCCUCCCCUGCUGCACCGCCAGCUCCAGGGGCCGAAUCCCAAGUAGGAUUCCGAUGAGCCAUGGACGGAGGGCAGGAUGCUGAUGAAGCCCCCGAAAACCCAGCGCUUUGCCCACACUUCGCCCAAGGGUGGGGAUCAUCACUGCCGGGCGAGAGCCAGCAGCAUCGCACAGCUCCAAAGCAUUUACCUCUCACCUUUCCCGUAGGAAUCCUUCUUCACCAGUUGUCACCACUCUGAAAUCACUGCCAAAAUCUGCCUUCCCCACUCGCAGCUUCGCGCUGCCAGAGACUCGCUUUUCAUGCCGAAGGGCUCUCCUGUCCCGCUGCUGCUCACCGGACUGUGACCUUCACCACUCCGCUGAUAAGGCAGGGAUAUCUGAAUUCAGAGUUUUACUGUUUCUUUACUACUGGCUAUCUGAAGGACAGGAUUUUAUUUUUUAAGACAAACUACGGGGAUUUUUAAGGUUAAAUUCUCGUUAUUCAAGGUGAACUCUAAUGCAUGUGUGACUUCUUUGUUUAAAAGAAUUAUUAUUUUUGAUUACAUAGGCUUAAUCUAAUGGGCAGCGUUGGCAUCUGCUUGGCUUUGCUAUGGUAUUUAAUUCCAUUUACUUGAUUGCGAAGGAAUGUAAUAGUCUAAUCAGUCGAGGAACAAAUGCUUUAUCUUUAUGAAAACCUCACCAAAAAAAUCCUGGGUGGGUUUUUUGGUUUGUUUUUUUUUGUUGUUGUUUUGUUUUAAGAAACAAAGCAAAGGAGAGCUUUUGCCGGUCCCAGGUAUGCAGUCAUUCAACUUUAAAAAAAAUUUAAUCCAUCUUUUUGAUAGCUUCUUAUGACCCAACAAGGUUUUUUGCAAGUUUUUUUUGUACAGUUGCACUUUAAUUUAUACUUUCUGCAAGUUUCUAUGAGAAACAAGGAAGAGACCGACACAUUAAGCCUUUUGUACUAAUCAUUUUAGGUAAUGAAGACAAAUACGGUAUAUUUUUGCCAUCUACUGGCAGUUAAAUGGACAUUUUCAGCUUGAAGUCCCUUUUUUUUAAAAACACAAAAUUGCCUUACUUUUGUUACAGAUUAUGCUUGGAUGCUCACUAAUGUGACUUUACAGUUCCAAUUUUCCCAGAAGCCGCACAAAGUAGAAAGCUUCCAAAAAAAUAAAAAAAAAAGUUUUGCUGUUAAGUUCUCAUAUGCUAAAUCCAACACAGCAGUGGCUGGAUUAUAAACCGGGCAGCAGAACAAUUUUGUUUUUAAAAGAAAUACUGGAAAGAUUUGUAGUACUCCUAGGUUUUGUAACGAGCUUUUUAUUAUAUUAUCAUUAUUAAAUAAAUACUCUGGGGUGGAGGAUGGCUUUGGUACUGUGCCUGGUGGCUAUCAGAUGAUGCACGUCUCCAGUGCUGUGGUGUAAGUGGGUUCUACCUGGCGAAGAUGGAGAAUCCAGACUCCUGCAUGCAAAAAAACCCACCCCAGAGCCAAAGCUGAGCAGCACCCAGCUCUUUAGCAGCUUUCGGAUCACUGCUGAGACACGAGCAAAUGCUGAGCAAACAGCCCCAAAUGGUUUUGGGUGCUGGAGAUAAGCCCCUUUGGAAAGGAGCAGGAGAGGGCGGCUGGGCGGCCGUAGGGACAGACAUUCAUUUCCAUCCAGGAAACAGCUGCGAGUGUCUAUACCCCCACCGGGAAAUGUAUUUGAAAUGUAAAAGGCUGUUUAAAUCGUCACUCACAACUGAGCAUCUUGCCAAGUCGCUUGUCCUGGAAACACCUGUAGCCCAGUCGAUAAGGGGCUGGUGCGUUAGAUAUAAUCUGUGGUUCAGAAGCAGGUAGAUGUACAGAUGUCUUGCCUUAAAAUGACACUUGUCCUCUGGGAUUUCCUACCCAGCAGAACUAAUAGUACUAAGCAGCAGCAAAAGCCCUUAGGAGGAAAUAUUUGCUUCCUGGAGGCGAGUGGGAUUUCUAGGUGGUAGAAUAAGCCCUUGUGGCACUUGGCAUCUUAUCGGACCCAUGCAGACGUUAACUCAUAUAUGGAUCUGCAAAACCAGUCCUGCCUCAAAGGCUGUAAGAGUGGCUCAGUUUUCCAUAUGGAGAGAUGCAAAGAGACGAAGCAAUUUCCUUGCUCGAUGUCAGCAGAGGCAGUGGAGCAAGCAGGACUGAUGGAAGUACUUCCGUGAUGAACACAUCGGGUUAAACCGUCCAUUACAGCCUUACCCAAAUCCAUGCUGCAUUUUGAAAUAUUCUGAGAAGUUUCACUUUUUUUUUUUUUUUUUUUUUAAUUUAUUUUACCUUCAGAUAGGCUGUUUUCUGGUUCCCAGCUGCAAAGAAGCUGCUGACCUCCGGUUACGUUUCCCAGAGGAAAAGUUUUAACUUUUACACUGUUACACUGUGGUCAGGUUUUUUCAGUUAUGCUGGUACAUGCACAAGCAUCAGGAAAAGCAGGGUAGAUGUAUUUGAACUACAGAAACUUGAAUUACUCCAAGUGCAAUUCUUCAGAAGCCACUGGACAGCUGUGCUUUGCAAGCUACAAACUCACCCAAACUUUGCUUCAGCCCAAUGGGGAGAAAGAGACAAAAUGCAUAGAUGAUAGAGUUUGGAUAGGCUCCAGCAUUAACCUCCAGCUCCUGGAUGAGUUAAUUCAGAAAUAGCUUGUACUGUACUAGUUGGCAAAUAUAUAUCUAUGUAUAUAUGAUAUAUGUAUACAUAUAUAUAUAUAUAUAUAUAAAAAGUAGGUAGCAUCCCUGUCAUUGGCCUCUCAGUUUUAUUUGCCCAGCAGGAUAGGUGUGUGCCCUGGACACCUGCCAUCGCACACACUAAUCCCAGCAUGCAAGAGGACCUGGAGAAAGGGGAUGAUAUUUUUACACCCUCUUCUAGGUAAAGCCCAUGAGUAGCUUAGCUGACCCCGUCGGACCUAGUGCAGCCUCGGCCAGGGAAGGGAGCAAAGGUGGCAUCGGGAGCUGCGAGCAUCCUGCCCUUCCACCCUCCCCGGCCAAAGCCCUGGUGCCAAAGGGGUUUGGGGCAGUUUUAUCUUCAGGAGUCAGAGCUGAGCAGGUGAAGGCAGCGGGAUUUUUUUUUUUUUUCUCUUAACGGGUCAGAAAUGCAUCUUCAGCGUGUGCGUCCAAUUUAGCAUUUCAUAAGGUGUGGACAAGCACAGGGGUAUAUAUGGGCAGUGUUGUAAAAAAUGAAGCAACUGGUUAGUAUCUGUUGUAUAUACAUUUUUUUGGUGUGAUUAUUAUGCCAUUCGUAUUGGAAUAGAUGAAGUUCAAACAAAAUAACCAUUCUGUCUACUCCUUUUCAUUUUACUGCUCUUUACCAUCAGUCAUCUUCUGUGCACUCAUAUAGAAGGAAGAGAGACCUAUACGCAGGACAUGAAUUUGUGCCUUCGACAUAACAUUAGGACUGCUGGAAGUCGCAGCUUUAUUUCAGGAGGUGCACAAAUCCCCCAGCUUAUGCAGAAUCCCACCGGUGAGACAUGGCAGGCCGUGUUUCUAAAUACUUGAAGUACCAUUUGUUGUGCAAUUAUUUGGCUUCACCCUUUUAUUAGCCAAGAGAAGAGGGGGAAGAAGAAUCGCACAUCCAUCCCUUCGGAUGAGCCAAAAAAAUCCCUGCUCCAGCUCCUGCAGUAUUUUACUGGAAAGUUGUAGGAUCCGUUUUGUUUCAGGUGUGUGAUGUACCUACUAGAGACACCUUUCUUAAGGUCUUACUUUGGUAUGGGCUUUCCAUUUAGUGCUUUCCUUUGGCUUCCUUAGCCCUUCCCUUACAUAUUCCUUUUCAUCAUUCACUUAUAGAAAACGCAACAGCUUCCUAUAAUUCUGAAUUUCCAGUCUGCCUCUUGGACAUGGAGUUAACAAUUCAUUCAGAGGUACCUCAUUCCCAUGCCUGAGAGAUGAACCGGUUUUCAGAAUUCCCACACUAUACCUGUUGACCAAACACUGACUUUUGCAGAGAGCAAACCUGCUAUUACAUGCAUUCGGUGCGCAUAUCUUUGCUCAUUUUGAUCAUCAAAAUUAGGCGAGCUGGACGGUAAAUCAGAGCUCUAUCUGCAAAGCACGAGUACACUUUUGGUGUUACAAAAAGUCCGUUUUCAACAGAAGCCUUGAAAUUCCUGCUGAAGCUGCCUUAAUUUAAAAAUUAAAGUUAAUUUGUAGGACUCAUCUCACUGGUUUUUUUCAAGUUUUGAAAUAGUUUAUUUAUCCUCAUCUCACGAAGCUGUGAAGUAGAUACUGUAGACAUGGUAAUAUUUAUUCUUGUUGCUGAAAGCAUGUUCAUGUGUUCUGUAUCAUGUUAUAUUCACGUGUUUUGUACCUCAAUGCAUUUGUUUUUUUUUCUUUUAGAGCACAAAGCAAAACUGAAUCCCAGGACAACUGUAGUGUCCAUGGCCCAGCAUCUUUGGGCAGACAAACCUCAGCUCUAUGAGAGAGAUGAACCAGACUAGUCCAUUGCAAUUUUUUCUUCGUACUAUAAGGAGUAUUUAUGAUUUAUGAUAUUAUGUAUUUAUGAGGGUUUUUGGUUGAAAUACCAAACUUUAAAAAGCUCUGAGUAUAAGCAUCCCUUCAAACAUAUAAUUAACAUGAAGCUCAGGAAAAAACCCUGAGCUCUAUAAAUACUCCAUCCUUCUUGGUAUUUUCUAUUUUGUCAGCUGAUGGACUGGAGAAAGUUUUGUUUUCAAAUUAAUUGCUUUAGUACUUUCUGGGGCUAGCUGUUGUGGAAGGGUACUGAGCCUAGGUUCAGUUUUGUACUUUGUGCAAGUAACUGUGCAUUAGAUAAUCACAACGAAGCCUUUUACCUUCCAUUUAUGGUGUGGAAAGUGUUUCUCGGUGUAUUGCACUGCAUGCGAUAGCUGUCUCCAUGGUUGACAUUUGCACUUUAAUAAACUCAGAGAUGAAAAGAGACAAAAGCAACAAAUCCUUAAAACUUA